AUGCAAUCCUGGUUCCCGUGGACGGAGAAGCCGCUCGUUUUUAGCGCGCCAAUGUAUGGGGUCUCCAAUGCCACUCUGGCUGUAGAGGUCUCCAAGGCUGGGGGCUUCGGCAUUAUACCAGCAGGGUUCAACUUCAGCCCCAGACACCCACAGGUUGUCGCAUUGGAAGCAGAACUCGUUCUGGCGCGAAGACUCUUGGGCAUGACCAGCGAACCGUCCAAGCCGAUGCCCGUGGGCGUCGGGUUCAUCACCUGCCACGAAAGCAUCAGCCACUUUGACGAGACGGCGCUCCCUCUCCUGGUAGAGCACAAGCCCGCGGCCGUAUGGCUCUUCGCGCCGGACCCGGACCCGGCCUCGCACGAGCGCGCCCAUCCAGCCAUCAUCCGCCGGCUUCACGAAAACGGCAUCAGGGCCAUCGUGCAGGUCGGCAGCGUCGCCGCGGCGCGCGAAGCCAUCCAGGACGGCAGCGAUGUCGUCGUGGCCCAGGGCACGGAUGCGGGAGGCCACCAGUUCGCGCUCGGGGCUGGGCUGAUGACCCUCGUCCCCGAGAUUCGGGCCAUGAUGCGGGCAGAAUUUCCGUCUCGCCGGGUCGGUCUCGCGGCCGCGGGGGGGAUCAUGAACGGCGGGGGCGUUGUCGCAGCUCUUGCGUUAGGCGCCGAGGCGGUCGUCCAAGGCACAAGAUUUAUCGUAGCAAAGGAGUCGACUGCAUCGUGGUCGUACAAGAACACGGUCCUCGGGGCGCGGGAUGGUGGCGCCACAACCAUCAAAUCGACCAAACACGACGACAUCCAGGGGACGCCCAUCUGGCCGAGCCUGUACGACGGGAGAGCGAUGAUGGGGGACUCGUACCGCGAGUACGAGGCUGGGCUUCCGAUGGCGGAGAACAUCAAGAAGUACCAAGACGCGAAGCAGUCGGGCGACGUGUCGCGUGCCAUUACAUGGUGUGGAACGGGCGUCGGCCUCGUGAACGAGGAGAUGACGGUCAAGGACAUGCUGGAGGAGGUGCGAGGAGAGGCGGUGGCAAUCAUGAACUCUCUCCGUGGUAGCCUCAAUUAGACGUGAUGGCGGAGAUGGCGAUGCUUGGAUCAGACUUCAAUGUUGUCUUCGUACCGGCGUCUUUACAUCAAAUGUUCUUGCAUGAGUGUGGUGUGCCCUCCGCCUCUGGACCCC